AUCAGCUGUGUCACAAAUUGUUUUUGAGAGGGAAUAUUUUGAUUUCUUUAAAAUUAAGAUAAAAAAUAAAUAACAACGUGAUUGCUAUGAAUUACAAUAUAAUUGUAUUGCUCAAUCGCUAUGGCUUCCACCGCCAGUCGUGUCAACAUAGUGCGAGAGUAUUUAAAGUCGCUAUGUAUGUUUGUUGAUGACGAGUGGCUUACCGGGUGUGUAGAAUAUUUGACUGAAGAUAGCAGUAAUAACUACACAGUCAGUGAGUUAAAUAACCUAGCUAAAGAACAGUGGUUACUGAAUGACCUGAAGGAUAUCUGCCCUGGAUCUCUGCCAGCUAACCUCAAGGACCAGAGGAAAACUGAUUUAACAGGAAGAUAUGUACUUCAAAUUAAUGCUACUAUGGACAUAGGCACCCCUGCAUACCAACAAUACUUGAAACUGCAGAAGAUCAACACAGACAAUGUGGAGGCCACAGCUACAUACGAGGACAAACUUCCCAGUCACAGGAUGAUAAAACUGUACAUGACGGAUGGAGUCCAAGAGGUCUCCGGGAUCGAGUACCAGCCCAUGAGGAACCUCAGCCUUGACAUCACCCCCGGAUGCAAGAUUCUCAUCAAAGGUCCGGUGGAGUGCCGUCACGGCGUGAUGUUCCUGACAGAGAGCCAUGUAGAACUGCUGGGCGGGGAGGUCCAGGAGAUCGCCACCUCCAACUGUCUCGCCGGCCUGCUGGCUAAUAGACUCAACCUGCCUGCUACCACAGAAACUCAGAACAACACAGAAGAUGCGGAACCACCAAGUACCUCAAACACUACAGCAACCGUUUCAAUACCGCCAUCACGCCCACCUGACCCUAUACCAAUAUUUGAGCCAACACCUGACCCAACCCCGAGACCAAUAGCCAGGGUCACCAGUUUACAAGUGGCCAACUUCAACGACGAUGAUAUAGACAUAGACCAACUCGCAGCAAUCGAAGCUCAAUUCAAUGACAAUCCAAGCACCAACAAGAGAAGAUCUGAAGACAUACCGAAUCCAGAGAAACGGCAGAAAAUACAGACAGAAACAAACAAUUCUAACGAUUAUCCCGAUGAUGACGACUUAUUUGCAGACGAAGACGACGACUAUCUACGCCAAAUGGAAGCCAAAUUCGACAGAUUCACAAACGAAAUCCAACCUAAACCGCCUGAGAGAAAAUUUCCAAUAUCUAUAGCAGCAGAACCAUACGUGUACAUAAAACAGAUAAAUGAAAUGAGUGAUAUGGAUAAAGCUGGAAAAGUCUUCAGGGUGAAAGGGCAGAUAAUGAAGUUGCUAUCAAAGUUGUCCGUCGGGAAAGACGGCUGGAGUUUAAAGUGUACGAUUGUAGAUGGGACUGGGAGCCUAGACGUUGACUUCACAAGUGAUGUACUCUCUAAAUUGGUCGGGUACACUCCGAUUGAAAUGACUCAGUUGAAGAAACAGAUAUCUAAAAAUCCGGAAAUGAAAGAGAAGGCUGUAUCGGCUCUCCAAAAAGCAAAGAACAGUCUACAGGUGCUUUAUUGUAUAAUAGAACUAACAGUACUAGACACACCCAAAAUUACUUGCCUUAUACCCUUCGACAAUGUACAUGUGAGUAUGUUGAAGAAAAGACUGGAUGAGUCUGGCUUAUAGUAAUAAAUUAUUUUCUGUUAUA